AUGGAGAAGGACGGAGAGACAGCACGUUUCUUGAAAGAUGCCGUCAUGCAUCAUGCAGCGUUUCUCUCCCCAUUUACGGAACUGCUGCCAAUGACUAUCAGCGACCUUGGGCCGAGACUUCAGGAAGCCUUAAGCCGUUUAUAUGCUGCUUACAUCAAGAACCAAACUCAAGCCGUGAGAGACGAUGUCCGAACAAGACUAGCUAACAGUUGCAUGCGUCUCGCAUAUGAGCAACCCGCCAGCUUGGGGCUGUUCAUUUUCGCCAUUACGGACCCCGACAUGCGCAUGUCGGUGUGUCGCAUAUGCCUCAUUCAACGCUUUGGUAUUCGCGAUAAGGUUGAAAAGCGGCUCACUUUGUCGUCGCUAUCGAGCAAGUAUUUAAUAGUCAAAGCUAAGAAAGGACGUGCUAACGCAGCCUUGGCGCCCCUUUUCGCAGGACUCAUCAUGAGUUGCUUCGAGUGUGCAGAGGCUAGUGAAUUCCGUUCGUCCGGUGUAAAGAAAGAUGCGGAAGUAGCUGCAAAGGUCAAGAGUUUGACCCUCUUUAUGAAUCGCACCGUGCCUACGUUUGGGUCUGCGAAGCAUGACGAGACAACCCUGCGAAUUGCAUGUAUGGCCCUUGCAAGUCGAAGAAUCGAAAAUAGUUAA